AUGUUUAGAUCCUCGAAUAUUUCUUCCCUCUUUUCUUUCUUUCUUUCUUUCUUUCUUUCUUUCUUUUCAUUGAUAAUUUUCAGAUUCGCGAAUAUUUCUUUCUUUUUCUUUCUUCUCAUUUCUAAUAUUCUCGAAUAUUUCUUCCCUCCUUUCUUUCUUUCUUUCUUUCUUUCUUUCUUUCUUUCUUUCAUAUCAUCAUUAAAAAUUUCAAAUUUCUCGAAUAUUUCUUUUUUUUUUCUUUCUUUCUUUACUUUUUUCUUCUCAAUUUUCUUUUUUCUUUCUAAUUUUUUCUUUCUUUCUUUUCUUUCUUUCAGUUUUCUCUCCGUUCAUUCCGCUCUCGAAUAUUUCUCCCCUCCUUUCUUUCUUUCUUUCUUUCUUUCUUUUCAUUGCUAUUUUUUAGAUUCUCGAAUAUUUAUUUCCUUCCUUCUGUCCUUCUUUCUUUCUUUUUUUUCAUCUGCUCUCGAAUAUUUCUUCCCUUCUUUCUUUCUUUCUUUCUUUCUUUCUUUUUUCUCACUGCUAAUUUUUGGGUUCUCGAAUAUUUCUUUCCAUCUUUCUUUCUUUCUUUCUUUCUUUCUUUCUUUUUUUUUUCAAAUUUAUUUCCAUUGUUUCUUUCUUUCAUUCCAAACUUCUCUCUUACCUUCUUUCUUUCUUAUUAUUGCCAAUUUUGAUGCUCUCGAAUAUUUCUUUCUUUCUUUCUUUUUCCCCCCUACUCAUUAA